UUGUCAAACCCUAGUCCAGGAUAUGUGAUCCAGUUGUUAAACCCUAGUCCAGGAUAUGUGAUCCAGCUGUUAAACCCUAGUCCAAAAUAUGUGAUACAGUUGUCAAACCCUAGUCCAGGAUAUGUGAUCCAGUUGUUAAAUCCUAGUCCAGGAUAUGUGAUCCAGUUGUUAAACCCUAGUCCAGGAUAUGUGAUCCAGUUGUCAAACCCUAGUCCAAAAUAUGUGAUACAGUUGUCAAACCGUAGUCCAGGAUAUGUGAUACAGUUGUCAAACCGUAGUCCAGGAUAUGUGAUCCAGUUGUCAAACCAUAGUCCAGGAUAUGUGAUACAGUUGUCAAACUCUAGUCCAGGAUAUGCGAUACAGUUGUCAAACCCUAGUCCAGGAUUGUGA